CGCCACGGUAUUUUGUGAGCCUGCUUCGCAUGUGUGCGGCUGAUGAAAGCUGCCCGCGGUUUGUCAACGUCAACCGAAGGGGCGGCUUUGGCCUACGAGGCUUGCUGGCGAGCGCCACAGUCGAGAAUGAAGCGAUGGAUCACCAGCAAGUCUCGCGAGCCCAGAAGAAAUUGGACAGCAAGUAUGCAGGCAACGAUCGUCGCGCCACUUUGAUCUACGACAUCUACAAUUCCGAAGGACGCAAGCCCAGCCAAGCUUCGCAAGACGGGCAGGAGCUGAAGGCUCAGCGAGAGCCUGACGAGGAGCUGGACACGCUGUGGGCUCCGGAGCGAUGUACGUGUCGCUGCGGUUGCCGUGCUCAACUUGGAAAUGGCGAGGGGAGCCGCUGCAAGGACUGCCGGUGCAAAGGUUCGAGGCACCAGCGGCUGUUGCAGCAUGAGGGAAGAGGUUCGUGUGAAGAAAGGUCCGAAUGCGCGAGGAGCCGGAGCAGAAGUUGGCAAAGGCCCCGCCACAAGGUCAGCCGACGGAGUCGCCGGACACGUUCCACAAGCAGUUGAAAAGCCGCUGGUUUCGGUCUUUAAAGAAACCGGCUGGUCAAAUGCAAGCAGCAGCACCACCGCUCAUUGC